CCUCCUUCCUGAUCUCUCUCUCGUUUCGAAGCAGACGCGGAGGGGGCGAAGCAGCGAAGAGGAGCGAGAGGCCGAGAGAAGGGGGAAGAGGCGCGCUCGCGGCAGCAGGGGGCGGAGGAAGAGGAGAGGGUUGCCCACCAUGGGGAUGAAAUUUCUGAACAAGAAGGGGUGGCACACGGGGAGCCUCCGCAACGUGGAGAAGGUGUGGGUGGCCGAGCAGAAGGAGAAGGACGAGCAGCGCAAGAUCGAGGAGUACAAGAAGCAGCUCAAGGAGGAGAGGGAGAAGGCCGAGUUCCGCGCCAUCCAGGAGAAGGCCGGAUUCAAGCCGAGGCAAGAGAGAUUGGAAUUCCUCUACGAGUCAGGGUUGGGCGUCGGCAAGGGUAGCUCCGAUGGAUUCCAAGCACUGCAGCAACCUGGCCCAGCAGCAGCAGCAGCUUCCUCUUCUGCUCAAGCGAGUGCUGGUUCUUCCAAGGAAGCUUCACUGGGAGCUUUAUUUGAGGAGAAGCCCCAGUCUGCAAAUGACACAUGGAGAAAACUUCACUCUGAUCCUCUGCUGCUAAUAAGGCAGCGUGAACAGGAUGCCAUUGCAAGGAUUAAGAACAAUCCAGUCAAGAUGGCCGAGAUAAAGAAAUCAGUGGAAGCAGAGAAAAUGCAGAAGGAAGAAAAGAAAGAGAAGAGGAAGCACAAAAGGCAUCGCCAUCAUAAAUCAAAGAGUAAAAGGCGUCACACAACUGAAAAUUCCGAUUCAGAUGAAAGUGAUGACAAGGACGAAGGGAGAAAGAGAGUUCACUCUGCUGUAGAGCAUAAGAGGGAAGUGAAAAGGUCAAGGCAGGUGAAGAAAGACAGCAGGGAAGAUUCCUCAGAUACAGAUGACAAUGAACCAAGGAAGAGAAGGCAGGAGAGGCCAGAAGAUGAUGCACCGAGGAGAAGAAGGCAAGACACUCCAGAAGAUGAUGCACCACGGAGAAGAAGGCAAGACACUCCAGAAGAUGAUGCACCGAGGAGAAGAAGGCAAGACACUCCAGAAGAUGAUGCACUGCGAAGACGACAAGGCACACCAGAAGAUGAUGCUCCGAGGAAACGACGGCAGGACACACCAGAAGAUGAUGCGCCGAGGAGAAGACAGCAAGACAGACCAGAAGAUGACGCGCCAAGGAGAAGACAGCAGAACACACCAGAAGAUGGCGAGCCCAGGAGACGAGAGCAGGAAAUGGCACUGGAUGAUGAGCCAAGGAGAAGAUAUCAGGAGAUAGCAGAAGAUGAUGAGCCAAGGAAAAGGCGGCAGGAGAUAUCCAAGCAUGAUGAGCGUUCACGACGCGAUCGUUCUGAUGCUGAUGAUAGGAGGAGACAUUAUUCAGCAUCAGACCGCCACCGUACUUAUCCAAAGCAUGACAACUCAGACUCAAAGCAAAGAAGUAUUGGAGAUGUCCGGAAGAAUAUCAAAUCCACUUCUGAUCACCGCCCCUGCUCUGAAGGUGGUUCAGAAGAGCAACAAAGACAAGAAAGCCAGCAUGGAAGAGAACUUGGUUCAGCAGACCGGCAAAGACAAGAAAGCCAACAGGGCAAGAGCAACGGCCCUACGCUCAACCGUCGUCGAGGAGGCGUGCACCAUAUGUCUGAAGAGGAGAGGGAAGCACGUCUGCGCCAAAUGCAGGCUGAUGCCGAGGUCCACGAAGAGCAGAGGUGGAAGAGACUCAAGAAGGCUGCAGAUGACGACGCCAAAGAGGCGGCCACUGUAAAUGCAAACCAGUUCAGAGGGAAGAACUUCUUAGAGGAUGAAAAGAAGAGCAUAUUUGGUGCCGAGAAAGGUGGCAGUGCCACCAUCGAGGAGAGCAUCCGGCGCCGCGCAUAUUAUUCCCAAGGUGGCCGUGAUACGCAUGAGCGCAAUGCGUUCAGGCGGUGAAGUCCCUGGCACUGCAACUCAGGCAGUCAGUAUCAUGUUUUGUUUACACUAUGUUUGUAUGAUGUAUUUUACCUGAAGAAAGUUUAAUAUUUUAUGUACAAUACAUGAUCAUCAUUUUUUAAUCAAGUAAUUUAUGCCAAUAUAUUAUCAUCA